AUGACGACGACAACUUCAAAGCGCGUGCUCUUUAUGAGUGCCAAGACACCCGGCAAUUUUCCAGGGACACGAGAUCGCCAGGAGGUACGCACGUUGGCAUUGCGUGCGGCGUCCUUUGCCCGGCCAAACAGAAGAAAGAAGAACAGAAGAACUGCGUGUGACGAAGUCCAGUCGGCCUCAGAUCAUGCUGGACAGAGAUGUGCCGACCAAGCGUGGAGCGAUCCCACUGCUUCGUCCAUCAUUCCUCUCGACCCCUCUAGUGUCGUUGGAAAUGGAAAGUCCGAUCCAUUUGACUCGAUGCCUGUCCCUGUCACUGCCGACAGCCACGACAUUCUGACCUACACCCGAUCGUUUACGUAUGCAAUCAAUUGGCCCGACGAACUCGGAGCGUGCCGGGAGGGGGGAAGUCUGUACCUGGCCCAUCAGGUCUUGUAUAGAAAGUACUUCGAACAUGCGGCUCCUCUGAACGGCUUGCUGUCGUACGUCUACAACCUGAUGGCCAUCGCGCAGCCGGAGAAGGCAGAUGUUCACCGGCAAAAAUCCAUGCAAUAUUCUGUGAGGUGCUUCAAAUGCCUCCGGGGUCUGAUCGGGAACUUGGACUACUCGUACGACCAACUACUUCUCAUCUUGCAGACGAUCUGGCCGCUGGCGAGCGCGGAAUAUUCAGAGUCUGUUCGGACAGGAGAUGACAGCUGCUUCCAACACCGCUGUGCGUUGAAGAGGCUGAUUCAACUUCUGGGAGGGCUCAACAGGCUCCCCUUGGUCUACCGAGAAUUGUUUGUGCAUUUCUUUGCCAAAAUUGCCGUCGUAACAGGUACGUGCACUGAAAUCGAUCCCUCGUCAUGGGACCCUGGACCGUGGAAUGCUCAAUCCAUGACAUCGACGCCUCGACAAAUCGACGGGAUUCGCAGUCCGUUAUCCCGGCAGACUGAUAUCCUUGGUAGUACUUUGUCAGAUAUCUUGGCGGGACUGAGAGAGUUGGUUGCUGUCGAAGAGGUGAAAAGGCAGGGGACCUGGUCCGACGAAGAUCACCUCAGUCCGAUCUUCCGAUGGUCGUUUCUCCGCAGGAUUGCCCUGAAGAUGCGCCUGUGGAACCUUUGGCACAGCUCAGCAGAUCAGCUCAACACACAGCCUUCGCCAAACACGCCGGGCAGCUCGCUGGACUCGUCGCUGUGCCUUGCAGCCCAACUUUUCAUUUAUCUCAGCCUUGAAGCCCAUCCCAUCAAGCAGCCGUGGUUCGCAAUACCAACGCAGCAUGCCGAGAUGUUGGAACGGAUCAAAGCCAUGGACACAGUGCUCUUGCAGCGGGUCAAGGACCUCGAUCUGGCAGCGAAAAUGGAAGAUCCGUUGUUGGAUGCGGUAGCCAAUAACAACCCGUCUGCCCUGGCACAGGCGCAGGAUCUUCUCUGGAUCGUUGCCAUUGGUGCAUGCUUCGAGGAGGAGGUGAGGAAGCAGCAAGGACGAAACCAGAUCUUAGAUUUGACGGUGAUGCCAGAAGCUGCUGCCGCGGCCCGAGCACAAGGACAGGAACCAGAGAAUCUCAGUGCGGGUAACGCCGCGGGAACGACACCACCGACGGAAUGGUUCUCCAUGCGCUUUGGAAUACUGGCAAGAAGGCUAGGAUAUCCAAGGUUCGAGCAUGUGCGAGGAUCGUUCAGAAGGGAGUAUGUCUAUGAUGGAACGAUGAUGGAUGAGACGUUGGAGAGACUGUUUGAUAUGGAAAUGUAG